CAGGCACAGUAGAAAGUGCUACAAAAAUAACAGAGAGUAAUUACGGACAUUUAGCGACCAGCUCUCUCAUGGUCGGCCUUCCCUUCCCAAAACAACUUUAGGAUGAGAGAAAAGAAAGGAAGUCUUUGAACUUCUACGCAAGAAAUACAUUAGUAACUACUAACUGAUGAAAGCGCCUACAAUCAUCUAAACAAAUCCAUCAUCCUUCACAUUCAUCUCUUCUACAACGUUGCACACGGCGGGUACUUUCUCUGUUGUAUCAGUACAAGAAUUAUACGAAACCUCCUUAACACAACAAAGAAGCACCAUGCAGCAGCAUCCGCACUUAGUCCCUGGUCCGCACCAGGGAGUCCCUGGUCAGUAUCCCACCAGCCACAUGAAUAUGCAGUACGGUGCUGGGCCGAUGCCUCACCAACAAAUGGAUCCGCAACAAUAUUAUCCCGGAGGUGGUGCCGGGCACUACCAACCCGGACUGCCUCAAAGUGGAAUGCCACAGCUGCAUUCAUACGGAGCAUGCGGGUCGGACCCUCAAGUUAUGUUCUUGAACUCAUUUCUAGGAGAUGAAGUACCGAGUGUAGUGUCUGAACAAUUUUUUGCUGGCGUUUCAUACGCAGGCUGGUGUUUCAUACGCAGCUACUCAAGGAGUGUUCUUGAGUACAAAUUUGUUACCGUACGUAACUACUACAGAGUCUGUAUGUUACUGCUUGCUGUUUCAAUUCCACUGUGGUACACUGCAAUUUUCACCAAUCCAAAAACGCUAUCUAACAACUCGGGGCCACAGUUCAUGCCGAACCAAGCGCAGCCACAUUUGCGGUGUGAGAUUGAUGGAUGCCAGGGUUGUGCGUUUGUCCAUUGUGGGGAGUGCAGUAUAGGAGCUAAGCAGUAUUUGGACUAUCAUUAAGGCUAGUACCGCUGAAGCAUCCUCCUACAUACCCUCGCUGGAGCAUCGUCCUCAACACCCCUCCCUGGCUUCUUUUUAACGGGGAAAAAGAAGGCUCCAAGGAUUUGGGUCCCCAGGAAGAUGCGGCGUGGUAGUUCUAAUAUCACUGUGGCAAAAAAAUGUGCCAGAUGCAUGGGAGCUUGAAACACGUAAACAAGUCCGCAGAUAGUUGCUGCUCAGACACGAAAGUAAGGGUGUCUUACAAUUAUGACAUGAUGUGAUUGAGCAAUUGUGACAUGAUGUGAAAAUAGAGAUCUUUCAGGAGAAAGAUAGAGAUCUUGAUUAAUACUUGUUUGAUCUCGCCGGAGACAGUACAGGCGAAUCAGUGUCUCAAGAAUACUCUAGUAACUCUCUUUCUCUUCCUAGUAGUUUCUUGCUCUCCUACUAGGCGGUUGUUCUGUCGCCAUCACACUCUAAUCCCUUGUCUACCUCUGUCCAGAAUGCCAUGCAAAGACGAACCGAUGGCAGGCCUGUCAAACUGGGACUGCAAUUGUUCUGCUUAUCGUUUUGGUCUGCUUCUGUGUCCUCGGUUUCUCGCGCCGCUGAGGUAAGGGUCUCAACAGUGGAUCCUCUGUGGAGGGAUUCCACUUGUUCCAUGUACUGGUGUUGACAUGACGUGACAUGACAUGAAGCUAGACAAGCAAACUGCUUGUUUCCACGCGAAUUUGAAUUUGAAUUUGAUGAACAAUGUACGACAAGAUUUUGGAUGCUGUUUUCUGUCAACAAUUACUAUGCUCGAUGCGGGUCGUUUCUUCAACGAUUUUUACUAUUCCCGAUGUCUAAAAACGAUAAUGAUUAAUCUGCGAUAAAAAAUGAUUGAGUGUGAGUCAGUCUCUCGUCCACUUUGUCGGAUUAUAAUGUGCAUCAAAGAGAUUUAAUGAUUUUCGUUUUCUUCUUAUCCUACGGCGCAGAUCCACAUCCAAGGAGUUUCAAGAAAGAAUGAAAUGCCAUUCUGAGUUCUUUUUCACCAAAAUGAACAACAAUUAUGUAUCAUUUGCGUACGAUACAGGGCACGCCUCGUUUAGCAGGGGAGUUAAUUUCACAACGCUGAAUUUACGCUUUUCAAGUUUCCGAUGAAAAUGUAUAAAUUCUCAGAUGGUGGUUG